UUUUUUCAGGAAAAGUGCUUUAUGACGUCAAAUCCAACUUCGCGAACUGCCGUCGUCACCUUGCCUUCGACAGCACAUUCGUACAGCCGACCAUGGAGCUGCGGAACCGAGCUACGGGCGCCUCGAAGCAGGGCCAACGUGGCGUUGAUGUUGCGCUUGGCCCCACCAUCUACAGCGGCGAGCGCUACUCCAAAAUGAGCGAGCGUCUCAAGCGCCAGCACAAGAAACCAUCCGAAGUCGCAGAAGCCAGCACUCAACGGGUACGUCCCACUGGCCGCUGCUCUCUAGAUGUCCAAUUGCACUAACGCUGCAGCUUUGCGGUGUCUUGAUUUGCUUGCGGCAACAGAUAAUGCAAUCGCAGCUGAUUGCGUUCGUGGUGGCGCUAGUGUUCGUCUUGUCGGUGGUGUUUACGAUGAUGUAUCAAGCGCACGUCCGCCGUUCCAACCGCAAGCCUUUCGACGCAUAAUGGCCAGCCCUGGACGGCGCUGCGAUGUAGUUUUUAGCGGCGGAAGAAGCCGUUGGCAGCGCAUGCGUUUGGCCAGCGGCCACUCGAAUCAAACUCUGACUCAUAUCUUCAAAAUUGAAAUCACGCACGACUGGAGUUGUCUUCUGUUUCCUCACGAGCUGCUGGUAGCUGAUGACUGAUGUAGAUGAUACGGGUGCAAAUUUUGCACCGCAAUGUUCCAUCAACGUACUCCUGCGGCAAAAUAAAAAGCGAAGCAGAGGUCCUGCCCCGCUUUUCAUUUUGGUCCCCCCCCCCCUGUCCAACGAGCUCUGUAGUACAACAUGUAAGACACUUGCGCCGGAUCACGAAGCAACUCAAAA